UAAAGCCGCUGUGUUGGUAGUAGAAGAAGAAGGUUCAUCUUCAUCAUCCAUCUUCUGUUGAUCAGAAAAACAUCAGAGAGCUUACCGACAACAAAGAGCAUCAUGGGAGCCGUGCUGGGCCUCUGCUCCAUGGCGAGCUGGAUCCCAUGCCUGUGCGGCAGCGCCCCCUGCCUGCUGUGCAGAUGCUGCCCCAGUGGAAACAACUCCACAGUGACCCGUCUGAUCUACGCCUUCUUCCUGCUUCUGGGGGUGGGCAUUGCCUGCAUCAUGCUGGCGCCCGGCAUGGAGGGGCAGCUGAAGAAGAUCCCUGGUUUCUGUGAGGGGGGAGCGGGUUCAUCCAUCCCAGGUGUGGAGGGUCAUGUGAAUUGUGACGUGCUGGUCGGGUACAAAGCGGUGUACCGCGUCUGCUUUGGCAUGGCCAUGUUCUUCCUCCUCUUCUCUCUGCUGAUGAUCAAAGUGAAGAGCAGCCAGGACCCCCGCGCUGCGCUGCACAACGGGUUCUGGUUCUUUAAGUUUGCUGCUGCCGCCGCCAUCACCAUCGGGUCGUUCUUCAUCUCAGAUGGACCCUUCACCACAGUGUGGUUCUAUGUGGGCAUGUCCGGGGCAUUCUGCUUCAUCCUCAUCCAGCUGGUCCUCCUCAUCGACUUUGCCCACUCCUGGAACGAGUCAUGGGUGGAGAAGAUGGAGGAGGGGAACUCUCGCUGCUGGUACGCAGCUCUGCUGUCAGUGACAGCUCUGAACUACCUGCUGUCUCUGGUCUCUCUGGUCCUCUUCUACGUCUACUACACUCACACUGACGGCUGCACUGAGAACAAAGUCUUCAUCAGCAUCAACAUGCUGCUCUGUGUCGCCGCCUCUGUCAUGUCCAUCCUGCCUCAGAUCCAGGAGUCUCAGCCUCGCUCUGGCCUGCUGCAGUCAUCUCUGGUGACCCUCUACACCAUGUACCUCACCUGGUCUGCCAUGACCAACGAGCCAGACAGGAAGUGUAACCCAAGCCUCCUGGGGAUCAUCGGGCUGAACAGCACCAGCCCUGCGGGUCAGGACCGUGUCGUCCAGUGGUGGGAUGCCCAGGGCAUUGUGGGAUUGAUCCUGUUCCUGAUGUGUGUGCUGUACUCCAGUAUCCGUAACUCAUCCAACGCCCAGGUGAACAAGCUGACCCUGACCAGUGACGAGUCAGCUCUCAUUGAGGAUGGGCCCCAGUCAGACGCCUUCGAGGAGGACGGCGGCAUGAACCGAGCUGUGGACAACGAGAAGGAUGGAGUGACUUACUCAUACUCCUUCUUCCACUUCAUGCUGUUCCUGGCCUCGCUCUACAUCAUGAUGACGCUCACCAACUGGUACAGCCCCGACGCCAACUACGAGGUGAUGACGAGUCGCUGGCCGUCCGUCUGGGUGAAGAUCUCCUCCAGCUGGAUCUGCAUCGCCCUCUACGUGUGGACCCUGGUGGCCCCACUGGUCCUUGUCAACAGAGACUUCGACUGAGCUCACCACGGCUGACCACGCCCCCUCUGCACCACAGUUGACCCCCCAUCCGCAGAUUGCUGCCUCCCCUUACCCAUAGCUGUUGUGGCUGUAAAUAUCUGCUGUGUUAGAUUAAAGCUGCAUGCUCUGUUUAGCUGUGAGAGCAGCGCCCCCUGUGGCCAGCAUCAGUAUUACAAACACUGUUACAUAUUAAAAGGGAGAGCGUCUGAGCGUCAUUAAUGAUAAUGAGCUGCAGACUUCCUGUUUUUGUUGCUUUUACUGUACAAAGUGGUCAUUUAGAUACAUUAACUUAUUUGGUGGUGUUAGCUUUAGCAUGUAGCUUCUCUCACACAUCACUUUGGUGUUUUUGUGCUUUUAUUCUGAAAGGAUAUUCUCUUUGACAUGUUGAAAACAAAUCUGUACAUGGUUUAAUAAAAGUCACCCAAAUGGGA